UAAGAGGUUGGGCCACUUGUCAUUUUGCAAUUUUGCAUUACCACUUAGAAUCAACAAAAACAUGACGGAUACAAAUUUAAGAGAAUUUGAUAAAAAAGAAUUUAUUGUUGAAAAAUAUGUAAAUUCAUUAGUGCGAGAAUCAGUAGGUGCUUCCGAACUUCAAGGUAGGAAAGCUAAAAUUCAAGCCUACAGUGAUAAGACAUCGUCCACCCUCAAAAAACAUGUCUACGCCAAUUAUAUGCAGUUUAUUAACACUGCCAAGGAGAUUUCUCAUUUGGAGUCGGAAAUGUAUCAACUUUCCCAUAUUCUGCUGGCACAAAGAAAUAUCUUGGGAUCCUUAAUCGAAGGUUCAGCUGAAAAGUCAAGCGGCAAAGAACCUAUUGCCUUGAACGAUGAUAACGAAGAUGCCAAGAGUCAACAAGCAGCUAGAACAAUUAAGGAAAUAGUUCAGGGCUUCAAAGGUGAUCUCGAAGGAAAUGUGUUCCUGCACGAAGGAGCCUUAAUCGAAUUAGAUUCAAAUGACUACAGGCCUAUACAAAGAGUAUUUUUCUUUCUAUUUAAUGAUACUCUUAUUGUAUGCAAAGUAAAACAUGACAGGAGACUAGAAUUUGUAACUCAAUAUGACCCAAGGAAAGUAGCAGUGAUUAAUAUAAAAGACCUCGAAGGUGUUAAAAAUGCUAUAAAUAUAAUAACGCCUGACGGAUCCAAGAUAAUACAAUGCGUGACACUCGCUGGAAAGAAUGAAUGGAUUGAAAAAUUUGAGGCUGCUUUCAAAUACAAUCCCAACAACAAGCUUCAUAAAAAAGGUCCAGCUCCACAGCCACCAAAGCUUCAGAAACAAAGUUCAUCUCUUAGUACAAAAUCUGUUGACAGCAAAUUAAGUCCAAGCGAAAAUAUAAAUAACAUCGAAGAAAAUUGGGGUCCUGAUUGGCUGUCAUCGGCUCCAGACGAGAUUGAGGCAUUCAUUGUUCAGCGACAUUUCGAAGAUGCCUUGGCACUCCUCCAAAAGUCUGAACAGCACAUAAAGAAAGAUGACACGUUUUGGAAUUGUGCCGAAAUAUCUGCAAAAAUAAAAAAAUUACGAACCAAUUUAGUUAAUGUGCUCCUUCAGGAUCUAUCCAAUUGUCAAAAUCGAUCAUUGCCAUUGGCGUUGUUAUUGUCUGGUAAGCCAUUAAAGCUACUUGUAGAAAUGCGCCGUGAAAGGCAAGCUUGUGCAACGUUGUUGAGAGUAAGUACCGUCACCAUACGUGCUUCGCAACGUGAAACAAGACGAGGAAACCAGGACAUCUCACAGAUUUUCUUUCGCGACAUGGCGCAUGUAGUGACGGAGUUCUUAAAAGCCUUUGGAGAGCAAUCAGCUUGUGUUAGUUCUCUGAUAGUUUGGUGCAAUGCUGAGCUGCAAUAUUUUGCAGGUCAAUUAAUCAAACAUUACCUUAUAAAGGGUGUUCUUCUGGAAAAUGUUGCUAAAAUUGUUGAAAGCAUAAGAGAACCUUGUUCCAUACUAACCGAAAUUGGAUUGGAUUUGUCUUAUCAUGUCGAGGGUCUGCUGCGCAAUACUCUUGAUCAAAUAAUCGAAGAUUCACGGAUGCGACUACUUGAAACUAUUGGACGCACAGAAGAUACAUGGACUCCACAUAAUUUACAAAGCAAACCGAAUGUGAAAAAAUUUCUAAGAGACAUGGAUAAGCUGGGGAUAAAUAUGAAAUCCCAAAUCACGGGCGACACAUUUGUUAAUCUAACACAAUCAACUGUGAACUUCUGUCGACAUUUUCUAAGUCUCACUGAGAGUUGUGGAAUUUUGGCUAAAAAUGAAACACUGAGACUUAGUGUAGAAAUGCUCUUAAGGGAUUUGUUUAUUGGUCAGCAUGCUAUUAAACCGGCAUAUGAUAUUACAGUUGAUCCAAAUUUUGUUAUGAAAAACAAAACUUAUCUCGUUGAAAAUCUACUCGUGACAGCCUUUGAUAGAUACGAGAAAUACUCGGGAGUUAAAAGUGAAAUACUAAUAGAACUUUACCAUCAACUUGGAACAUCACCAAAACCAAAGCCACGCAAUAUUUAUCAAACCGAUGUUAUCUAGAAAUUAUUUAAAAGAGAAAAACAAACAAAUUAUUUAUACUUUAUUAUGAACAAAAAUCCUUGGAAAGGAGGGUAUUAAUGUA